GGAGCCGCCGGCCGACGUUCUCCGAGGUUUCUCCUCGGAUGGCUAUGGCCAAUGACGAUCGUCCGAAAGCUCUCCGUUGUCCAGCUGCACAUCAAAGAGGAUGGCCGACUCUUCCCCGUCUACCAGCUUCUCCAGCGACAGAACCACGCCGCUACCACCCAUAACACUACCAUGACGCAAGCUGAAGAGAGCCGACCAGUUCUUCCCGAAAGCCUGGAAAGCAUACCGAAAGCAGAUUAUUUUCCCAACCAGCGUCACCGCUGGAAUACAAAUGAGGAAAUAGCAUCGCUUCUCAUCAGCUUUGAACGUCAUGAAGACUGGUUAUCAAAAGAAGUUAAGAUCAGGCCCAAGAGCGGCUCCAUGCUGCUGUACAGUCGCAAAAGGGUUCGCUAUCGUAGGGAUGGUUAUUGCUGGAAAAAGAGGAAAGAUGGCAAAACCACUCGGGAAGAUCACAUGAAACUGAAAGUGCAGGGCACGGAGUGCAUUUAUGGAUGUUAUGUACAUUCAGCUAUACUACCGACAUUUCAUCGGCGUUGUUAUUGGCUGUUACAAAAUCCAGACAUAGUUCUAGUUCACUAUCUCAAUGUCCCAUACAGCGACGACAAUAAACUCUUGGUUACACCGAGUCUCAGUUACUGUGCUGACAAAAAGGAAUGGACGAAGGAGGAGCUUGUUUCACAGCUAAAACCUAUGUUUUAUAGUGAAAACGAGCCUGAUCUGAACAAUGAAUUAGAAAUUUCAACAGCAGAAACUGUAGAGGCAAUUGUGCAACAGUUGAUGGAGAAGCAACGUGCCAAGUCUACCGCACGAACACACGAGUGUGCUUGUGACAACGCACCCAAGGGAACUGCUUCAGCAGCUGACAAGAAAUGCACUCAUACCUUUCACAGGAUCAUUUCUCCUAAGACCCAUUCCCGAGGCGUCCUGGCCGCCGUGAGCACGGCUGCUGCAAACUCUACGACCUUGUCGACUACGUCGUCGACCCACUCCUCGUCGACCACCACGACGGUCCUGACGUCAGCCAAGUCCGAAGACGCCCCGACGACCAAGCGGGCCACCGUGGCUGUGUCUGGUGUCACCCCGCGGCCCGGGAGCGUCAUCCUGGCCCCGUGUCGCCCCAUCCUGCAGGACGGGAAGCACGAGGUCGCCAUCGGCAACCACGGAUCCGGCGGCGGAUCGGCGACCGCCGCCACCUCGCUGAUCCUGAACCUGUCGCAGCUCCAGGGUGGCGGCGGACUCCUGAUCCUGAACAGCGCCGCCGCCGCCUCGGGCGUCGGGCUCACGUCAGCGUCCGUGACGCCGGUCACCUUCCUCUGCGGUCAAGACACGACGGCCGCCACCGCCAUGAGGACUAUAACGACCCACGCGCUGCAUAGCGCAAUGGAUACAUCGGACAGUCCGGCCACGAAGCCCGCCAAGAAGCAGCAGGCCCUCGGCAGCGUCAAGACGGAAGUCGAGGAGGGCCUGGAAUCCGCUCUGAAGAGGGACGUCAACUUCUCGUCGAACGUGCCGUCGAGCAAGGACCCUGACCUGUGCAGCGUCAUGGAAGAGCUGUCUUCGGAAACCAAGGACCUGCCCCUGAAUCUCUUCGAAGACUCUCUGGCCAUGUCCCACGAUGAUAUCCAUCGCACUCUGCUAGCCAACAUGCCUCCGCCCAAGUACGUCGUGCAGGACUCGAACCCUCAGAUCUCAGUCAAGCUGGAACCUUCUCAUUCGUCGGACAAUGUGAUAGUGGAUCUGAACCCCAUGGACUUCAUCGACAACGACAUUUCGACGCCGGACGAGGAAGUCUUUAACAUGGACACGUUCGACAUCCUGAGUGACCUCCCCAACCUCGACGAUCUGAACCCGGACCUCGCUCCCAGCAGCGGCCUGUCCAGCAGCAGUUCGUCGACGCCCGUAAGUAAUGGUUCCUUUGCUGCCAAGACUAACCAUUCAGCGAUGGAUUACAGAGAAGGAACUGCAAACAUCACUGAUUAUUCCCCUGACUGGUGUUACACUGAGGGUGGUGUUAAGGUUCUUGUCACAGGACCUUGGUAUUCAUCCUCUUCCCCUUAUACCAUUUUAUUUGAUGGAGUUAGUGUGCCAACUACAUUAGUUCAAAGUGGUGUACUUAGAUGCUAUAGUCCAGCUCAUGAAACCGGCUUAGUAACUCUUCAAGUUGCCUGUGAAGGCUUUGUUAUAUCAAAUUCAGUAUUUUUCGAGUAUAGACAAAGACAAUCUGCUACCAAUAUAAAAUCUGAGGACUGGUUUUCUGUUGAAGAUAGCACAUUGAAGCUUUCACUCUUGGAGAGACUUGAAAUCAUGGAAACAAAGCUAACAUUCAACUUGGAUAGUUCUUCUGCUGGUCUAACAACAAAUAGUGUGGUUCAGAAUGCUAACGAUGAACAAAAGUCCUUCGAAGACAGGCUGGUGACUCUCUGCCAGAAGUUCAUGACUGGCAGUUGGAAUCGCCACGAUGACGUCACUCCCAUCGCUACCACCACUUGCUCGGACCUGACACUACUCCACUUGGCUGCGGCAUUAGGGUUCUCACGUCUCGUCUGCACUCUGCUGCAUUGGAGAACUGAGAACUCUUCACUUAUGCUUCAGCGAGAAGUGGACGCUAUGAGCCAGGACAAGUGGGGCUGCACUCCACUGAUGUGGGCUUGUGCCUUGGGAUUCACUGAAGUGGCUUUGUUGUUGUAUCAGUGGAAUUUAGCUGCUUUAAAAGUGCCCAAUAACAGAGGUGUCACGCCUCUCACUGUCGCUUCUGAAAGAGGGCAUGAUGAUCUCGUGGAACAGAUUGAGAAAUUGGAAUUUAUUUUUCUUUUCAUUUUUAGUCCUGAUCAAGACAUAUCUGCUGGCCUGAAGCUGGAAGACUCUAAUUCGAAUAUAUCAAUGAAGCACCUGGAUCAGUUACUGGCGAACAUGUCAAAUUCUCCCUCGAGGAUGAAAACCACGUCAGCCAGUGCCAAAGAGUCACAACCAGUUUCGAGUCAGAGAACUUCAACAAAAACCUCAUCUUUUUCAUUGUCCGACGUUUUGGAUCAUCCGAGUCCGGAAAGCCAAUCUUACAGCUUGCAUUUGAACGAAAGUAGUUUAUUGUCUUUCUUAAAUGUUCAUCCUUCAAGUACUAGAGACAGAUAUAACAUUAACUCAUCAAAAAUGAAGAAAGAUGUUUCUACUUCCCCUCCAUCCCUCAUACAAAAUAGUGAUAAAAAUAAAAGUCCUCUUGCAGACAUCAUAGCCUCAGAUGACGAGCCAGAUGGACAAUAUUCUAAUGCAGCCACUGAAGGAAGCACUUUAUCGAGUCGUCGUGACAGUUGCAGCAGCUGUGACCUUAACUUACCCAUGAAUAGCGAAGCCGACAACAGGGUACUCACUUUAGCAGAGCACAUCAUCGCGGCCAUGCCAGACCGAAUCAAAGCCACUGCGAACACAGACUCCGAAGAGAUGUCUUUUCGCAGCGGAGAUGACUACACAGAUGGGAGAUGCAUGUCAAUAGAGCAGAACCCUCCAGAUUUGGAAAUGUGCCCAAUUGAUGAUUCACCUCCGCCACUUCUGAAUGAGGAAUUCAACUUUGAUCAUACAUACAGGUACUGUGAAACCAGUACUCCUGUGUCAUCAUUAAGUCCUGCUUCAUCAUCAUGCUUACAGAGCCCUUCAAGUUUCACCUUGGAUUCUCCAUCACCUCCACCCACUACCGCUGAUUUUUGUGAAUUCUUUCAGGCAUCUGGCAAAAUAAUGGAAAAAGACUUUUCCAAGCUGACUUUGUCAGACCGAGAACAGCGAGAAUUAUAUGAAGCUGCCAAAAUCAUCCAAAAAGCUUACAGAUCUUACAAGGGACGUAAACGCCAAGAGGAACAAGAGAAAGAGAAAGCUGCUGCAACUCUCAUUCAAACAUAUUACAGGCGAUACAAACAAUACAUGUAUUACAAGCAAAUGACUAAGGCUGCCCAGCUGAUCCAGAGCCAAUUUCGCAACUACUGCGAACACAAGCGCUUCAAGAAAUGGAAGGAAAGUGACGCUGACUGUAUUUCUCCAGCACUUGGUAGCUCACCAAGCUCUGCUGCGGGACCCUCUGCUGCAAGCUUGCAGUCCCUUUACUGGACGCUGGCAGAGUCUGAGCGCAGGCUCAACUCCAGUAGGGAAGGCACUCCAACAUCCUCAACCCUCAAGAGAACGUAUUCACAGAGAAGACAACACCAAGCAGCUAGAAAAAUACAGCAGUUUCUCAGGCAGUCAAAAAACAAAUUACAGAGAGAACGUGCAUUAGCUGCCGAAAGAGAGAAGCAACUGGUGGAAGCACAGAGUCUGCCGCCUCUGCGCCUAAAAUACCAGGAACUGCCUUCUGACAAAAGGCUCGCUUCUGAUUCCAAAGGUCUGAAGAACGAAGAUAAAGAUAACACUUGAAAAAAAGCGUUCAGAAAUUGGUUUCACUUGAAGCAUGCUACUUGCUUGAAGAAGAGUAUGUAAAAAUUUACCUCCAGCAUGUCUGAAUUAACUCCUACACUGCCACUAGUCAUCCUGCAGUGAGCAACCACUCGCAGAAAUGCAGUGGGGUGGAAAUUUUUAUGAAGAGGAAACGUGAAAUCAUCAUCCGUACUUUCUGUUCACUCGUUUUUUGUUCAUAAAAAAAGCGCAGCGGGAAAUUUUUAGAUUAUGUUAUAUGCCCAUGCAAUUUUCCUCCAAGUGUGAUAUUUUUGAAUGGAAAUUGGUACUUAUUAUGCCAAUUAUGGAAAUUACCGGUGCUUGUUUGGGAUAGCUUUUCACUCCGUAAAUAAUCAGCCCGUGUUUCGCAAUUGGAGUUUUGUUGCUUUAAAAUGCCUUUCCUACUUACUGUAAUGUGUAAGCGUUAUAAGGGUACUUCAUUAACUUUAAAGCAUUCAUUCAUGUCAAAAUAUCAAACAUUGCCGAUAUAUAUAUAUAAACAUAUAUAUAUAUAUAUAUUCAUAAAUAUAUCUAGAGUUUUUCUUUGUGGCUGUGAUAUGUGUGUAUUAAGAAUAUAUUUCCCAUAAUUUGUAUCCUUGUAUAAAUAUAAACACCUGUGUUAGUAAACAUAUUGUUAUUGUUGAAUCUCAUAAUUUCUUAGUACUUUACGUAUACAGUGUUAUUGUAUGUGUGGCUAAAUCACAAUGCUAAGCUUUCUUUGGACUUUCGGUCAGUUUACACUUAAUAUUUAAUGAAAUUGAGCAUUUUGUACUUGGAUGUAACUGUCUUUUUUUUUUAUUUGACCACUUCAUGUUGAGUUUAUCCAUUUACGUCAUGUAGUGUUUCGAUUUAUUGAUGAGCAACGUUUUAACUUAAAAUCCUGUAAAUAGUUGUUGAUUGUUGACAGUUUGUAUUUUCCUAGGAUGAUAUAGAAGUUAAGUCUGAGCAAAGAUUAAAUUUGAUUAAGUGGUGACUUGAGAGUUCUACAUUUGUGAUCGUUUGCAUUUUUAACAUAGAAGGCAAAACCUCAAGCUCCCUCUUAAUCAUUGUUCUGUUUUAUGAAAUGCGUAUUAUUUUUUAAUAUUGGAAAUGUUUCUUGCUUUGCCAAAUGAUCUGUGAUGUGAAAUUAAUCUAGUUUAAUAAAAAUUCGUAACAUUUGCUACAUUUUGUCCAUCUAGUAACAUGGCCGUCUCAAAUUUAACAUAAGGAUUGAUGGUGUAGUUUUUGAAAAAAAUCCUAUUUCGAACAUUAAUUUAAAAAAAUCUUUCUGGCUGAGUUAUAUUUAAUGCCAAAUAUUUAGAUUUAGUUUACUACAGCUCAUAAGUUAGCUGCAGACACUUACAACAAAGAUCAUUGUUGAAAACUUGAGUGAGCUGCAAACCUGAUUCAACUUGGUGUAAACACACCCAGCAAUAAUUUGUUAUUAAUCACUCCUUCAUUUGUAUUAUUCCAGGAUUAAAAUUUUGUUUAUGUUUGUCCUGUUUUUCCAAACAAUGUGCUGAGUCAUAUUUAAAGCUCUAUCUCUAUUUUUAUUAGGUCUUUGCUUCCGUAGAUGUAAAUCCUUUACCCCAUAGAAAUAUGUUAUUGUUUACUCUCCUAUAGAAACCAGCCAGUUUCUCUUUUAGGCCUUGUAUUAUAUUGCAGAUGGCCAUGGUCUAGAAACCAUGAGUUUUUAUGGCAAAAGUUAAAGUCUGUCCAAAAGAUUAAAAAUGGCUAAAAUUCUAUUGUCAAAAAAAAGAA